GCAGUAAAUCACUCGCCAGCCGCUAGCUGUCGCACUGGUUCUGGUCUGCGCUGCGGCUGCUUCGCAGGGAUCUGGUGCUCCUGGGCGGCCGCUCAGUCGUUCUUAUUUGGCAACUACGCGCAGGGCGGCGGAGUCGUCAGGCAGCAUCCGGAGUCGUACCGUGGCCGAGCAAAGGAAGUAACGCCGCGACAGCAAAGGCCGAACGGCGCGAUCCCCGAUCUAGUUGGCGGGCGGGAGGGGGGAGCAGCCAUGUUGGCGUGGGGCAUAAAGUGACUCUUUGAGCCGGGAAAGAACGGGGCAGAACAGGAAGCGUACUUGGGGCGGCGGCAUUAGCUGGCGGGGGCUCGCCUGCGGAAGAAGAGGAGGCGGUGGCGGUGCGGCGGUGCCAGCGAGGAGGGAGCACGGAAACCUAAGGCAGGACGAGGACCGCCCCGGCGCGGCAGAGAUUCGGCGCGGCUCCUGCUGCUGGUGAGUUCAGGGCUGCUCAUUGUCUGCCGUGCGCGCAGGUCAGGGGCCUGGCCCGAGGCGAGAGGGCAACGGGGCGGCUUCCUUUCAGCCCCGAAAGGGAGCAAGGUGGUGAGGUGGGUGUUCAGCGAUCUAUACCGGUCUCCGGUGCUUGGGAGAAAUUGGAGGCAGAAGGACGACGUCCGUGAAGGAUCUACUCUUUUGGCACGUGCUUUCUCAAGCCAGGUUUAUAGCUGGUAGAAUGAAAAAGUUUAAGAGAAGACUUUCUUUAACACUGCGUGGGAGUCAGACUAUUGAUGAGUCACUUUCUGAACUGGCUGAACAAAUGACAAUUGAAGAGAACAGCAACAAAGAUAACGAACCCAUUGUGAAGAAUGGCAGACCUCCAACAUCACACAGCAUGCACUCAUUUCUUCAUCAGUAUACAGGAUCCUUCAAAAAACCUCCAUUACGAAGACCACACAGCGUUAUAGGGGGAAGUCUGGGUUCUUUUAUGGCAAUGCCAAGAAAUGGGAGCAGAUUAGAUAUUGUACAUGAAAACCUAAAAAUGGGAUCAGAUGGUGAAAGUGACCAAGCUUCUGGAACAUCAUCUGAUGAAGUUCAGUCCCCAACAGGUGUUUGUCUCAGGAACAGGAUACACAGACGAAUAUCUAUGGAGGACUUGAAUAAACGUUUGUCACUACCUGCAGACAUUAGGAUACCUGAUGGAUAUCUUGAAAAGUUGCAAAUAAAUAGUCCACCAUUUGAUCAACCAAUGAGUCGACGAUCUCGUAGAGCAUCAUUGUCUGAAAUCGGAUUUGGAAAAAUGGAAACGUAUGUUAAAUUGGAAAAGCUUGGUGAGGGUACAUAUGCAACAGUAUAUAAAGGAAGAAGUAAGCUGACUGAAAAUCUAGUAGCUUUAAAAGAAAUCAGAUUAGAGCAUGAAGAGGGUGCACCGUGCACAGCUAUUAGAGAAGUGUCAUUGCUAAAAGAUCUAAAACAUGCAAAUAUUGUUACAUUACAUGAUAUUGUCCAUACAGACAAAUCAUUAACUCUUGUAUUUGAAUAUCUGGACAAAGACCUAAAGCAAUAUAUGGAUGACUGUGGGAACAUUAUGAGUGUGCAUAAUGUAAAGUUAUUUUUAUACCAGAUUCUGCGUGGUUUGGCCUAUUGUCACAGAAGAAAAGUACUACACCGGGACCUAAAACCACAAAAUCUACUAAUUAAUGAAAGAGGAGAAUUAAAGCUAGCAGACUUUGGCCUGGCUAGAGCAAAAUCUGUUCCUACGAAGACAUAUUCAAAUGAAGUUGUCACAUUGUGGUAUAGGCCUCCAGAUGUUCUCCUUGGAUCUUCUGAAUAUUCCACACAAAUCGAUAUGUGGGGAGUUGGAUGUAUAUUUUUUGAAAUGGCAUCAGGAAGACCUCUCUUUCCUGGGUCAACAGUUGAAGAUGAAUUGCACUUAAUUUUCAGACUUCUAGGAACUCCUUCACAAGAAACAUGGCCAGGCAUUACUUCCAGUGAUGAGUUUAGAAAUUACAACUUUCCCAAAUACAAGCAACAACCUUUGAUCAACCACGCUCCAAGGCUGGAUUCAGAAGGGAUUGAACUGAUAGUAAAAUUUCUUCAAUAUGAAUCAAAGAAAAGAAUAUCAGCAGAAGAGGCUAUGAAACAUGCAUAUUUCAGAAGUCUUGGAACUAGAAUACAUAUUUUACCAGAAAGUGUAUCAAUAUUCACUUUGAAAGAAAUUCAACUCCAAAAAGAUCCAGGCUUUCGAAAUUCCACUUAUCCAGAGACAGGACAUGGGAAGAACAGAAGACAAAGCAUGCUUUUCUGAGGCAGGCUGUGCUAUUUCAAACCAAGGCUGGUUUUACUUCCAUCAAGGACUUUAGUCUAAAGGCAAUUCUUCCCUUGGUGGACUUGAAAUCUGUUUGUCUACACUGUCUUCCUCACAGUGCCGUCUUUUUAUUUUGGACCUACUGGUUAUUUUUUUUAAAUAUAUAUAUAUGUAAAUAUAUAUAUAUAUUUGUUGUCACAAUGUGACAAUUUUUUGUACAGUCAAUUUUAAGGUCUUCUCCAUUAGAUCCAGUAGGUUAUAACUGUUAAUGUAACAGUAGCUGCAAUUUUUAUGCAGGACUGAGAAACACAGUGCAUUAUUUAUUGUGUAAUCAUUGCUGCUAAAUAACUACUGUCUGUAUAGUUAAGAACCGAAUGCCUGAAAGAGUUGCAAUGGGUUUACUGUAUAUGCUAUGUGAAUGCCUUGUUUCUCUUCUCUUCUCUUCAUUGCUGCAGCUUUAUAUCUUGUUUUUUCUUUAACUGCAAUGUUUCCUGGAAUGUAAACACAGCUUUCUUGACAAAAGAUACUAUUUACUUUAACACUCUCUUGUUCUUGGCCUGUAAAUUUCUGAUUUAACAUUAGAUGUAAAGUACUUAGAAUGCUACCAAAUAUC